AUGCAGCGAGGCAAUGGCAGCGGCUUCCGCUACGGGGGAGCCCAACCGGUGCCGGCUGAACAGCAGAUGACACCGCAAGAGAGGGAAGCGCUUCUGAUGGCAGCCGGCCGCCUCGCCGCGGAGUACCUGGUGAACAGAGGCGAUCUGCCGCCGACCGUGCUGGAGGACCGUCCGCCGGCUCCGAUCCCGUUGCCCGGAGUCGGAGGCCACCCCGCGUUCGGGUCGCAGUACCACCACCACCAGCCCCAGCCGCCGGGACCCCGGACGUUCCACUACCAAUUCCGAGGACGCCCGCCCGCGCCGCAGGCAUGGCCCAACCCGUUCCACUUCCGAGGGCAGCAACGCCCACCAGCUCCGCAGCGCCGGUUCCCGGGCCCCCGCCCGUUCCAAGGAGGCCGUGGGCCGUUCCCGAAGCGGCCACGCCAGCGCCCGUUCCCGUACGGCCUGCGUGGGCCGGUUCCUCCCCAGACGCGGUACGCAGCCGGCCAGGCCGCGAGUAAAAAUAAGCAAGACGACGACCACGACGAGCACAGGACCGCGCCGGCCGGCGAGGCGGGCGACUCUCAGUCUCAGCAGACGGUGCAGGCGGAUGUAAAUCCGGCCAGCGGCUCGCAGCAGACGGACGAGCCAAGCAGCAGUUCCCUUGGCGCCAACGCUAGCGAAUCAAGCUAG